UGCCUUAAAGCUUGGAUAUAUUAUCUGCGAAUACCAGAUACGGAAUAUUUAUCUAGUGUUAAUUCAGUUCUUAGAAUUGUCAAGAUGGUCGAAAUUAAGGGAUUUAGUUUAUUUUCUCUACUAGCAGUAAUUCUUGCUGGAAUUGGUUGUUUAUUUCAUCUAAUUGGAUUAUCAGUGGUAUAUUGGGUCGUUUCAGAUCCAUUUGUUUCUGGAUAUGGUAGUGGUUUAUGGCAACAAUGUGGUCUGACAUGCGCUUCUUAUUCCUAUACACCUGAUUACUGGAAAGCAACACAGGCAUUUGUAAUAAUUGGUUUACUGAUUGGUGUUGGUGGUUUAGUAAUGUCUCUGGUAGCAAUGAUACAGAAAACUAGAAUGUUUCGUCUUCUGGGUAUGGUUGGGUGUGCAGCUGCUGCAUUAUGUAUUUUGCUGGCUAUCAUUAUAUUUGGAGCAUCUAUUACACUAGGUCGUGGAACACAAUGGGGUUGGGGAUUUAUUCUCUGUAUUAUAAGUUCAUUUUUCUUCAUCGCUGCUGCUGUAUUAAACUUCUUAGAGUAUAGAGGUGCUGCAGUUUAAAUAUUUCAUUAUAAACAUUUCCUGAUUAGUAAAUAUUUGAUGUCAAAUACACCAAUGAAAGGGAUUCACAUGGGAAUUUAUAACCUUUGUGUAUCUGGGGAACUAUUUGAUUUCAAUAUCUCUAUUAGAAAAGGGUUAAAAUUUGACCAGAUCCUGAAUACCUAUCGAUAGGUUUGUCUUCCAUGCUGUCAUAUAUAGACAUUGCAAGUUUAUUUACAAAUUUUGACCAAAAAAAAAAAAAAAAAAAAGUCCAAAAAGUAGGGAGGGCUACAAUACUUUACUGCAUUUUAUCGUUAAAUUUUUAUACUUUUUUGGUUCAUGAUGAUAUUUUAGAAAAACUUUUGACGUAACUAUCCCAAAUGUCAUUGAAGCGAAAAGUUUUUUCGAAAAUGGUAUCGCAAUCUAUUGAGGUUUUUGACAUUGGAUGAGAAAUUGGAAGAGUAGAUAGUAUCCCGGAUACAGUACUAAGAAUCACCUUUUGACUCCUUAUACUCUAAAUUGGAAAAUGAUUAUACCGAAGUCAAAUAAUAUUAUUCUAAUGUCACUUGUAUGAGUUAUGAGCUCAGUCGAUUGAUGGAUUCCUGAAAGUUGACCUAUAGUAAAAUAUUAAUGGACAUUUUAUAUUUCAUCACAUAGUGCCACAUAGAUGUUAAUUUUUACCGAAAGUAUAAGUGUUAUUAUUAUCUUAUGAAAUAUAUAUAAUGUAUAUUGCCUUAUUAACAAAUCAAUUAAAAAUUUUCUAUUUUCUUAUAAUUCUUAUUAUUUCUUUAUUUUUUAUUUUUUAUAUAUAUCUUAUAAUAUAAUAUUCAUAACAUUCUUGGUACUUUUGCCGAUUGGAAUAUCAUACUUUAUAUAUAUUAAAAGUUAUAUAGCACUGACGAAUAAUGAUGAACGUAAUGAUUAGCAAAUUUGUACAUAAAAGUAAUGUGAUAUUCUUUUUCAUUACUCGCCUUAUAAAGCCCAUAUCAGAAUACAAGAAAAGGCUACAUACUUUUCAAUAAAACACAUAAUGGAAAUGUCAAAAAAACUUAAAUAUCUGUUAUUCAUACAGGCUUACUUAGCUGUUGAACAAUUCCCCCAUUCUUUGAAAAGUCAGAAUUUGAAUAUCAUUAUGGGAAUGCGUUGGCAUUUUAGUUGAGAGUGGAACAUGACUUGAAAAUGUUGGUGGGGAAAAGAGCUCAUGCGUAGCUGUUAUUUGGUAGUAUAUAUCAUAUAGUAUUAUGUUUAAUGUUUCAUCUAUUUACUUCUCAUGUUCUAAAAGUUCUAAUAUUAUAAAUAAAGUUGUUAUUAUAUGUUUAAUCACCAACUAUAUGCUUGUCAUUAUAGACUCAUUUACCUUCUCUCAUUCGAAUUGUUAUUCCCCCUCCCUUCCCUACCCUUUCAAUUUUUUUUAUCAUUUUACAUAAGGAUAGAAUUGUCUGCGCCCCCUUGCUGGCCUCCCUCACCUAAUGUUUCCUAGAAACACAACUGCCCACGCGACUGACUGACCGACCAACCGACCGACUAGCCGAUAUUUUCUGAAAACAAGCCACGACGCAGAUGUAUCUCAGAUCAAAGUGCGAUUUUUCUUUAACAAAUGGUCAAGAUUGAAUCUAGGGGCAUUUUUACGCCAGUUGACAAAUGUCCACAAUAGAACAGUCCAAUUAAAAAUUGGUCGUAAGUUUACAAAUUUGCGCAAGCGACAAAAGGUGAAGAGCCCAUUAAUUGAUUUAGAGUGAAGAUGAACCCCCAAAACAAUACACAAGAAUUAUAAAUACAUCUAGCAGUAUAUUAAUUUCAUAUUGUAACUAUGUAUUGAAUAUCUAUAUCAAUAUGGUCAUUGUGUUGUCUGUGUAAAUUAGAUCAUGGUUAAUUAAAGAAUU